AUGGUGAACAUUAAGAUGGCCAGCGGCGUUGCUCUACUAUCUUCGCUUGUCAGCGCCAGCGCCAUCCCAGCUCAGCAGAUCAAGCGGGACUCCGACAUCCCUCCAACUGCUUUGCCACAGAGUGCCUCUGAUAACGACCUCAAGUUCCAGCCCGUCCUGGAUUACGACACAGACAGCUGCUACAAUGUUCCUGCCAUCGAUGCCCAAGGAAACCUCGACAAGGGCCUCAAAAACACGUAUACGACCAACACCGCCGAUGGGUGCCGCACUGCGUCGUACCUCGACAACCAGAACGUCUAUGCCCGAACUCGUUGUAACAACGGCUGGUGCGCCUACAUGUACGAGCAUUACUUCCAGAAGGAUGUCGGCCUCGAGCACGUGGCCGGUGUCGCCUCGGGACAUCGUUACGAGUGGGAGAAUGUCGUUGUCUGGGUGAAGGAUGGUGACGACCACCCCAGCUACGUUGCCGUGUCCCAGCACGACGGCUACGAGACCAAGAAAGCUAGCGAUGUUCGCUUUCAGGACCACCAUGCCAAGGUUAUCUACAACAAAGUCGGAGCGGGUACCCAUGCUUUCAGAUUCGGAAAUGAUGGUGACGACAAGAUUGAGAAUGCGAAGGGCAGCUGGAUUCAGGGUGCCCUUGUUGGAUUCUGGGGCUAUCCCUCCGUGGAACUCCGCGACAAGAUGAUCCAGAACUGGGCCAGCACCGGAAUCAAGUGCAAGAUCGAGUCUGCCAUCUACGCUGACUACCUCAAGAAGUCCAUUGGCGACAAUGACAUUGGCAGCUUCGAUUUCAACUUGGACUCUUAG